CCAACGACCACAACAACUACUUCUACCACAACCCCAACUACCACUACAACAACUCCAAAGACCACAACUACUCCUACUACUUCUACCACAACCCCAACUACCACUACAACAACUCCAACGACCACGACUACUAAAACUACUACUACCACAACCCCAACAACCACUACAACAACUCCAGCUACCACAACAUCUACUCCAACUUCCACAACAACUCCAACUACCACUACCCCAACUACCACUACAACAACUCCAAAGACCACAACUACUCCUACUACUUCUACCACAACCCCAACUACCACUACAACAACUCCAAAGACCACAACUACUCCAACUACUACUACCACAACCCCAACAACCACUACAACUCCAGCUACCACAACAUCUACUCCAACUUCCACUACAACAACUCCAACUACCACAACAACAACUCCAACUACCACAACAACAACUCCAACUACCACUACCACAACCCCAACUACCACUAAAACAACUCCUUCAACUACCACUACCACAACCCCAACCACCACUACUACAACUCCACCAACUACCACUACCACAACCCCAACUACCACUACAACAACUCCAACGACCACAACAACUACUCCAACUACUUCUACCACAACCCCAACUACCACUACUACAACUCCAGCUACCACAACAACUACUCCAACUACCUCUACCACAACCCCAACUACCACUACCACAACUCCAGCUACCACAACAACUACUCCAAUGACCACGACUACUCCAACUACCACACCUCCAACUACCACAACUACUCCAACUACCACAACAACUACUCCAACUACCACUACCACAACUCCAGCUACCACAACAACUACUCCAAUGACCACGACUACUCCAACUACCACACCUCCAACUACCACAACUACUCCAACUACCACAACAACUACUCCAACAACCACUACAACAACUCAAGCUACCACAACAUCUACUCCAACUUCCACUACAACAACUCCAACUACCACAACAACUACUCCAACUACCACUACCACAACCCCAACUACCACUGCAACAACUCCAAUGACCACAACUACCACUACCCCAACCCCAACAACCACUACAACUCCAACUACCACAACAACAACUCCAACUACCACUACCACAACCCCAACUACCACUACAACAACUCCAACGACCACAACAACUACUCCAACUACUUCUACCACAACCCCAACUACCACUACUACAACUCCAGCUACCACAACAACUACUCCAACUACCUCUACCACAACCCCAACUACCACUACCACAACUCCAGCUACCACAACAACUACUCCAAUGACCACGACUACUCCAACUACCACACCUCCAACUACCACAACUACUCCAACUACCACAACAACUACUCCAACUACCACUACCACAACUCCAGCUACCACAACAACUACUCCAAUGACCACGACUACUCCAACUACCACACCUCCAACUACCACAACUACUCCAACUACCACAACAACUACUCCAACAACCACUACAACAACUCAAGCUACCACAACAUCUACUCCAACUUCCACUACAACAACUCCAACUACCACAACAACUACUCCAACUACCACUACCACAACCCCAACUACCACUGCAACAACUCCAAUGACCACAACAUCUACUCCAACUUCCACUACAACAACUCCAACUACCACAACAACUACUCCAACUACC